AUGUCGGCUACCAAAGCAGAGGUCGAAACGGCUUUCGACGUAAUCAAGGCUCGCACCAUCUUGAAAGAAUUAGCUCAAGCAGAAUCGACCCAAACUAAAUUGGGUCUCGAUCAAGUCAAGAACUAUCAAACAGCGAUUGCCAAUCUUCCGCCUCCGCCAGAUUCCUUGGACGUUGACGGUGGUUGGGACCUGUUGGCCACCAUUUCACCCAAAGCGGAAGAAGGAGACAAUGUGGAUUUCUUUGAUGCCAAUUCGUGGAAGAAUUACAUUUCUGGAGACGGACCAUCGCCGUUUCAAUCCUUGGUGACGGGCAGCAGCCGUGUCCAGGGAUUGGCCCAAUGGUUGACACCGAAGGAUUUUGACAAUGUCGUAUCCUUUUCGUUUGGUGCGAGUCUGGUACUCAAAGCCGAUUUGGAGAAGAUUGAAAACAACAAGCGGGUCUUUCGAUUCCGACGUGGAUUUUUUGUAGUUCCGUUUAUUUGGGGCGGAUAUUUGACAUUGCCCUAUCCAGUUCCGUUCAACUUGUUGGGCGAUCGUGCCAUUGGAUGGUUGAAUACUAUUGGAUACGAUGAAUCUACUGGCUUUCGAGCGGCACUGGGAAAUAAGGGAACCCAAUUUAUCUUUCAACGAAAAACCAAGGAAGGUAGCAACGAACCUGCCGAACUUUCGGAUUUGAUCAUUCAAGCUUCUGAAAUGUAUUCGUCCCCUAUUACCGACCAUGAAACCGACGAAGAAGAGCGACAACUCAAUGCUGGUCUUACGAAAAGACCCGUCAUUUUAUGUCCGCAACAAUUUGGUGGCAAGCCGGGAGAUUACACAGUUCUGACCGCUGGCCUCCGUGCCAAGGGUCAUCCAGUCUACUUGGCACGGAUAUCCGCAUUGCAAUGGUUGUCCAUUGCCAAGUCUGCCUUUUCCAAAGCCUACUUUGAAGGAAGCUUGGAACCCUCCAAGACGCUUCCCUUUUACAACAAGGCCAUUGACGAAGCUUUGGCUAGGAUGGACGCCAACAGCGAAAAUGGGGGUGCGUCAUCAUCAUCAUCAUCAGCAUUGCCCGAGUUUACCCUUUUGUCGCACAGCAUUGGUGGAUGGGUGGCCCGCGCUUGGUUGGGAGAAGUCGCAUCCAAAAGUGUCAAGGAACGUUGCAAGAAUUACGUCUCCUUGGGAACUCCUCAUAAGGAACCACCAGCAGAUUCCAUCGUGGCCAAGGUGGACCAAACCAGAGGAUUGCUCAAGUACAUUAAUGAUCGAUUUCCGGGUGCUUAUUAUUCACCGGACAACCAAGAUAAGGAUGAUGCAAAUUGCAACAUUGAAUACACCUGCGUGGCUUCCAAGGGCGUUGUUGGGAAAUUGGAAUUGAAAUUGGAUUCCAUUCUGGCGUUUGCUUCCUACUUUGCACUUGGUGGACAGGGCGACGUGGAAGGUGAUGGGAUCACUCCCACCAAGGGCGCCCUAUUGGACGGAGGCAACUCGAUUAUCUUGGACGAUGUUUGCCAUGCCAAUCUUCUCCCAAACCCCAUUGGCGGACGAAAUGCCAAAUUGCUUGGAUGCUCUUGGUAUGCCGAUAAAUUGGACGAAUGGGUUGAGGCACUGUAG